AGUGCGGAUUUCAACGUAAUUUGACAUACUCCGCCCGCUUGGGCUAACAUGUUAUACAAAACUAUACGGCCACACAUUUCCCGCGUUAGUCUGCAUUGUUCUGGACGCAUAAGAUGGCAGGUAUUCUGGAUGUUCCAAAACCAAGAAUAAACUGUGAUAUGCUGUUGCAGCAUGUUAAUAAGCCAGUCUGCUUCCUUGGACGUGUUGAAAAGGUACACCCCACAGGAAAAACGUUCACUGUCUCGGAUGGAGAAGGGAAAACUGCAACAGUUGAACUUAACGAACCACUUGAUGAAGAGCUGAGUGGCAUUGUGGAGGUGAUAGGCAUGGUGUCCAACAAAGGAGCAAUAAUGGCCACAACAUACAACAUCCUAAGAGAGGACAGGGGCGUUCCGUUUGACUUGGAGCUGUAUAAUGAAGCCCUGAAGGUCAUCCAUGACUUCCCCCAGCACUACCCUUUUGAAGUGGCUGCAAGUGGAUGAAUACUCACAUUUGAAGAUGUUCUCUGAGGUUUUGUUGUGUGUCUAAUUUGUGUUGUGAGUAAAAUAAAUUUGCAUAAAUAAAUCACAUUAAAUAUGUAGAAAGCUUUUGCAAUAAAAAGAAACUCCUCA